AUGCCGGGUCGAGUUGCGGCGGGCGGCAGCGCUGGUUCCCCGGCCCCGGCAGUGCCGGCGUGGGCGGGCAGCAGGCGCGGCGCGGCGGGAGUGACACGGCCGGGGCUGGCGCGGUUCGCGGCGCAUGCGAGACGGCGGCGGACGCGGCGCAGGCCGGGCGCGUUCCCGGAACAGCUGGCGGAGAAGCUCGCGGGGGAGCUUGCCCAGGGGCGUCGAUACCACGUGGUGCCCCGACCCGCCGGGCCCAGGAUCGGAAAUGGUGGAUCAACUCUUCAUGUUCUUCAGUACUUGGAAGAUCUGUAUGGUGAUCAGUGGGCUUCCUUCACUGUGCUGCUAAUCCAUUCUGGUGGUUACAGCCAGCGUUUGCCAAGUGCAAGUGCCCUGGGGAAGAUCUUCACGGCCCUGCCGUUCGGCAAUCCCGUUUACCAGAUGCUGGAGCUGAAGCUGGCCAUGUACAUCGACUUCCCCCGUCACAUGAAACCAGGAAUCCUCGUCACGUGUUCGGAUGACAUAGAGCUGUACAGCACUGAAGUGACAGAAACCAUCGCGUUGGAUAAACCUGGGUUUACCGCGUUGGCUCACCCCUCAGAUUUGGCAGUCGGGACCACUCACGGGGUGUUUGUCUUAGAUCCGUCCAGUUUUUCAGGAAAAGGAGGAGUGGAAUAUGCAUCUUGCCAUCGUUUCCUGCACAAGCCUGACAUGGAGAUGAUGCGUCAGAGCGGUGCAGUGUGCGUGAGGGGGCAUUGCUCCUCUGGGAACCACGGUGACUCAGGAAUGGCCUCGGAGUGUGUGUACACAGACAGCAUAUUCUACAUGGAUCACCUCACUGCAAAGCAGCUACUGAUGUUCUAUAAGCAAAGCACACUUUGCUAUGAAAUAGAUGCAUAUGGUGACUUUCUCCAGGCCCUGGGACCCGGAGCCACUCCAGAUUAUACCAAAAACAUGAGUAAUGUCACCAAGGAGGACUUGGGGUUGGUGGAAGUGCGGCAGCAGUUAUACUCCCUCCUGCAAGGAACUGCCCUCAAUGUCAUAGUCCUCAACAACUCCCAGUUCUACCACAUUGGAACUACUCAGGAGUAUUUAUUUCAUUUUACUGCUGAGAGCAAACUGAGAUUUGAGCUUGACUUGCUGCCUGUGGCUUUUAGCAUCUUUCCUGACACAGCCAAGACCUCAGAUCAGUCAAGCGUCAUCCAGAGCAUCCUUGAGCCCAGAUGUGUGAUAGGGCCUGGGUCUGUCAUUGAAUACUCCAGGAUUGGGCCUGAGGUCUCGGUAGGGAAGAGCAGCAUUGUUAGUGGGUCCUACAUAAGUUUCAGUGUAGACAUACCCUCACGCUGCUUCCUGAGUUCAGUAACUGUGAAAAUUAAUGAUCAAGUUGAGUAUGUCACCAUGGUGUUUGGUGUAGGAGACGACUUGAAGAAGACUGUGAAAUUGCUGUCGGAUAUACGCUCGCUCCAGUUUUUUGGAGCCAGCUUAGCAAAAUGCCUGGACCUCUGGAGCGUAGAGGCUUCGGACCAGCUCUUCUCCAGUGGGAACACGCGUUUGGGGCUGUGGACUGUGAGGAUUUUUCCUGUUUGUUCUACUCUAAGUGAAUCUGUUAGGAUGUCACUGAAGAUGUUGAAUUCUGUGCAGCACAUGUCACCUUUCAAACUGAGUGGCUUUCAGCUCUUGUCUAUUGAAGAAAUGCUCGCCUACAAAGAUGUAGAAGGCAUGCUGAAGUUUAGGAAGCAAAUUUAUGAUGAAGUCUGUCUACAAAGGCAAAAAGAGAAGUCUGAUUGUAGAAUGAACUGUACUUGAACAAAUCUGUUUUCAUUUGUGGGUGAUUGAUUACUUCACAGCUUAUAAGAAUCCUGAGGAAAAAGUACACAGAUCUUUUCUCUGAUCUCAUUGAAGUAAUAAUAAAGAAAUUACAUUAA